UGCUUCAAUCCUGCGGUCAGUCGUGAACCAUCAUGCCACGUGCAACGAGCAACAGUGCAGCCAACUUGGAACGGCUGGUGAUACGCAUCUCCAGCCACAUGGCGGUGCUGAAGCUUAACAUCAUAGACCCGGCCUGGCGCCCGACCCUGCGCUUCGGUAUCGUACUGUUCCUUACCGCCCUCGUACCGGUGUAUAUCUGGCAGGGGAUCAAGGUGUACCGGACACGGUUCGAAACCCUGCUAGAGGUCCUGUCUGUCGCCGGUUGCGGCUGGCAGAUGUUCUUCCGCAUGUACUUCUACCUGUUCCAGCAAGACCGCUGCCGGCAGAUUGUGCAGGAAGUGCGCGACCAGCGGACCGUGUACGGUGCUGAUCGAAAUCCCCGCAUGGAGAAGUUGUUCCGGGCUGGCACGAAGCGUAUGCUGUUGGCGUACCGCGUCAUACAUCUGAUGUACGGGACGUCUUACUUCUUUCAGCUGGGUCCGCUGAUCAUGCCCGAUCCGCACAAGUGCAACCUGCCGUUGGCGUUGCAAUUGCCCUUUUUACCACCGGAUCGAAAUAUGGUCUACUACUGCAUCAACUACGCGCAUCACUUGCUGCUCAACACGAUCGGUGUCUUUAUCUUGCUGCCGAUGGAUGGUGUGCUGAUCGUGGCACUGCUGAACAUCUGUACGCGUAUCGCUGCCCUGCAGCUACUGCUGGAGGAGCUGGAUGCGAAGCUCGGGACCGUGCAAUGGCAGCAAACGGCCCAUCUCGACGCCGAGCUGAACCGCAUCAUCGAGCUGCACAUCGACACGAAGCGCUUCGCGCGCGUCAUCUACGAAACGUACCAGAUGCACUUUUUCUCCAUGUUCAGCGUGCUGUGUUUCGUGAUCUGCAUGUGCAUGAAUGUGGUCGCCCGGGACCCGCGCAGUACGCUGAUACCCUUUGGGCUCGCCUCGACGGGCCAGCUAUUUGUGAUCUGCAUGCUGGGUAACGUGCUGUACAUCGUUAGCGAUCGGCUGAAGGACAGUGUGUACGGUAUUCGCUGGUACCGGUGCACGGUUUCGCAGCAGAAGAGGCUCCUGUUUCUGCUGGCCAAUGCACAGCCGGAAAUCGUCAUGGGUGCGGUGUUUAUACCGGUUACGAUGACAUCGUUCGUGACGAUCAUCCGAGCGGCCUAUUCUUACUUUACCAUACUUUAUUGA